GAGGAUGAGCCGAGGCACCGCCCCUCUCUCCCACAGAUAUAAAUAGGAGCCGGAUUUUUUUGCUCUGCUCAUUUCACUUGAAGGAUGAGAUCCCUGAAACACCUCAAACAUCACACCAGGAACAAUGUGCAGGAGGAGCAGCAGCAGCAGCAGCAGCAACAGAGGGAGGAAGAGGAGAGGGAGCGGGAGAGGCCUUCCAAGGUCCGCAGCCCGUCUGAAGUAAUGGAGCCUGAGCCGGAGCAGUCCCAGUCCCAGUCCCAGCAGCAGCAGCAGCAGCAGCAGCAGCAGUCCCCAGCACAGGCUCUGCCGGUGGACGUGGGCACGCAGACGGACCCGGUGGUGGUGCUGUCGCUGGCCCAGGCCGCCGUGCUGGGCCUCAUCUCCCAGAACGAGAUCUUCGGCGCCACCAUCGCGCCCAACGGCUUCUACACCGGCGAGCCCCGCGAGCACAUGCUGCUCUCCUCGCCUCCGCCACCUCCGCACCAUCACCACCACCACCACCACCACCACCAACAGCAGCAACACCACCCACACCACCAUCAACGCCACCACCCACACCACCACCUCUCACUACCCCACCCCCCGCCCGAGGCGCUGGAGUACGAGUACGCCGCCGAGAGCACCCUGAUCGGGGCCAACGGGGACUACCUGGCCCUGCCAGCGGGCAGCUCGGAGGAGAGGGGCCCGCGGAGACGUCCGGGGCCCCGGGGCCGGAUGCGGAGGCCCCGCAGUAACGGAGAGGUCGAGGGGGUCGGCGUGGGGGGAGGCGACCCGGAGGACCAGGAGCCGGCCAACAAGAUCCAGAUCCGCCACGCGCACACCCCGAUCAGCGUGAAGGGAGAGGGGCCCGAGCACAUGGCACUGCCAGCCUGCGCGGGAGGCAGCCCGGGCAGAGGUGACCAGCCCAUGGACCUGGCACCCCAGAGGGGGCCCCUGAAGGAGGAGGCGUGCCACCGAGACUGCUCCGACUGCGGGAGCGUAGGAGGAGGAGGAGGAGGAGGAGGAGGUGCCAGCUACCGCGGAGGCAGGGGGGAGAUGAUGAUGAGGCCCCGGUCCAACCCGGGACGACCCGCCGAGCCGGGCAGAGGCGCCCGCGAGCGGCAGGAGGGGGCCCGCAUGGGCAAGGUGGAGGCCGCGGACGAGGGCGCCGCGGAGGACGACGAGGAGGAGCAGCAGCGCGUGCGCCGCUCGCUCCUGAAGAGCCCGGGACAGGACGAGGAGGACGAGGAGGCCGCCGCCGCCGCCGUCAGGGCCGAAGAGGACGAGGAGGAGGAGGAGGAGGAGCAGAGCAGCGCUCUGCGGCGCUACUACGAGUCCAGCGUGGUGGGCUACGAGGCGUCCGACAUGGGCCUGCAGGGGGACUACGAGGAGGGGGGGCCGGGAGGAGCCAUCGCGGCGUCGGCGGCGGCAGCGGCCGCCAUGCUGUGGGCCGACCACCCGGACGGCGAGGCCUCGCUGGGCCGGCGCAUGCAGAUCGACCGGCUGGACAUCAACGUGCAGAUCGACGAGUCCUACUGCGUGGACGUGGGCGAGGGCCUGAAGCGCUGGAAGUGCCGCCUGUGCGAGAAGUCGUACACGUCCAAGUACAACCUGGUGACGCACAUCCUGGGCCACAACGGCAUCAAGCCGCACGAGUGCCUGCACUGCGGCAAGCUCUUCAAGCAGCCCAGCCACCUGCAGACGCACCUGCUGACGCACCAGGGCACGCGGCCGCACAAGUGCACCGUCUGCAAGAAGGCCUUCACGCAGACCAGCCACCUGAAGCGCCACAUGCUCCAGCACAGCGACGUCAAGCCGUACAGCUGCCGCUUCUGCGCGCGGGGGUUCGCCUACCCGAGCGAGCUGCGCACGCACGAGGCCAAGCACGAGAACGGCCACUGCCACGUGUGCACGCAAUGCGGCCUGGAGUUCCCCACGCACGCCCACCUCAAGCGGCACCAGGCCAGCCACCAGGGGCCCGCCACCUUCCAGUGCCCCGAGUGCCACAAGUCCUUCGCCUACCGCAGCCAGCUGCAGAACCACCUGAUGAAGCACCAGAACGUGCGGCCGUACGUCUGCUCCGAGUGCGGCAUGGAGUUCGUCCAGAUCCACCACCUGCGGCAGCACGCGCUCACGCACAAGGUACUCGCACAGCAGGCCGCCUCCGCCGCCGCCGCCGCCGCGUCUGCCGCCGAGCACAAGGGUAUGAAGGAAUUCAAGUGUGAGGUGUGCUCGCGGGAGUUCACCCUCUCGGCCAACCUGAAGCGGCACAUGCUCAUCCACACCAGCGUGAGGCCCUUCCAGUGCCACGUCUGCUUCAAGACCUUCGUCCAGAAGCAGACCCUCAAGACCCACAUGAUUGUGCACCUGCCCGUCAAGCCCUUCAAAUGCAAGGUGUGUGGCAAGUCUUUCAACCGAAUGUACAACCUCCUGGGACACAUGCACCUCCACGCUGGCAGCAAGCCCUUCAAGUGUCCUUACUGCUCCAGCAAAUUCAACCUGAAGGGCAACCUGAGCCGCCACAUGAAGGUCAAGCACGGCAUCCUCGACGGCUCACCAGACGGACAAGACACUCUGCCAGAGAUGGAGGGGCAGGAUGACUAUGAGGAGGAGGGCUUUGACUUCAGCGAGAGGGAGAACCUGGCCAGCAACAACGCACAAGACCUCAGCAAGCUGGCCGAGAUGGCCUACUACGGCUACGGCAAAGCGGCCGCACGCUACUCCCUACCCUGAACCACACGUCCCUGUGGCUCCUUCAAAAAGGCCAACUGAAGGGAAAUCUGUGUGUGUGUGUGCGUGUGUGUGUGUGUGUGUGUAUGUAUGUAUGUAUGCGUGUGUGUGUGUUUGUGUGUGUGUGUGUGUGUGUGUUUGUUUAUGGGACCAUCUUGGUCUCUUGCACUGGAGGACAGAAAAACCUGUGAAAGUUUUCUUUGGGGUGGGUGUUUUUUUUUUCUGGAGUGCCAACUAUUUGUCACAUUGCCCGUCAUAUUUUUUAUUUUUUUUUGGUGAACCCUCCGCCCCUCCAUCUGAAAGACUGUUUUUUGUGUAAAAAUGUUUGAAAUUAUUAUAUCCCCCCCCCCCCCCAGAGUCAUGUUGAAGUCUUUGGCAUAAGCAGUUUAAUUGCAAGAUAUUCCUGAGGCUAAUGCAUUACUAUGUGAAGUGAAAUAUGUACAGCCAUCUUGAGGCACUUAACAGACGGACAAUCCAUGGCUCCAUUCAGGAGGGCUCUGUUGGUGACGUCCUCCCAUUCAUGGGCAUUUUCUGUUUUUUUUUUUUUAUUUUAUAUUUUAUUUGUUUUCCCAUUUUUGUCCAUAUUAAAGCACAUCAUGAAAUGAGUCGGUAGCACCUCUAGUCUCACUAGUCGUCUGCAGAGUUUAGCACAGUGAGUUGCUUGGACAAACCAAAGCUGACUAAAUGAAAACGGUCUCCAACAUUGGGGUGUGUUUUGUUAUUUCCUUUCUCAUUUUUACCCCCACUUCUGUUUUUAUGAUGUUUCUUCAUCUUUUUUUUAUCUUUUCACACUCGAUCUCUGUCUGACACACUGUGAUUAUCGUUACAAAUGACAUUUUCUGCAGCUAUUCUGUGAACUGUUGAAGAAGCAAACAGCAUGUAUUUUUUCGAUUUGUAAACUCGGUGAGCUGUACGUUUCUGCUUUUUGGUGUGUUUAUGAGUGACUUCUUCCAGUGCCUGGCUCGCUCGCUCUCUCUCUCUCUCUCUCUGGGUGCUGGCCCAGAGUCCUGCUUCGUUUGUGUCGCUUCACCCCCAUGGCCUUGUGAACCACCGUGCAGUUCCUGCCACCAUCCCCAUGUAAUCAAACAGUGAGGAGCCAAUCCUCCUGGAAACUGUCCAAGUUGGUGGGGGAAAAAAUUGACAAUGCUAGAAUAAUUGGAAUCGCUGGCCAAAUGGUGGGAACAUUACUUAUCAUACUCUCAAUUCUUGGUCAUAUUUCUCAUUCAUGUCAUCCUACACAAUUCCCCCCCCCCCUUGCGAAACUUUGAGAUCACUGCGACUGUCUGAAUGGCAUAUAUUGAAGGUCUGUUUUGUAUAUGAUGUUUAAAGCUGAAUGUGUUCUGUAUGUUUCACUUCUGUUGAGUUUUCACCUCUCCCUGGACUUAUCCACCAAUAGACCAAAGAGUCUGACAGGCCCUUCUCCGUUUUACCAAUCAUCCCAUCUGCCGGAGAGAGAAAGCUUGGGAGAGGAGAGAAGAAGAGAGGAGAGGAGGAGAGGAGGCCUCUAUAUUAUUAACACCGCUGCCUCCUCUGUCUAUCUCUCCAAGAUUUUGAGCUUAGCUCUUCUGUAGCCUACUGUCAGCCUGGCUACUAAUAUUUCAUUUUUAAUGAGGCAGAAGAUCUCACAGGCAAACAGACUGAUUGACUGACUGCUGCCAGUGUCUACCCCUCUCCUCUCUGGCGCGAGCAGCUGCCACUUCCCAGCCUCCACAUCCACCAUCAUCAUCCUCCCUGCUCCUGUCUUUCCAUUCCUCAACCUUCAUGCGACAUAAAAUCUUAAAAUAAUAACACACUACUACAUUGCAUUAACUCUUAUAUGCCCCCCCCCCCCGCCCCCGCCCCCGCCCACUCCCACUCCAAAUAAUUCCCUUUUAUUUCCUCCCUUCUUCCUUUACCGAGGAUGAACCCCCCCCAUCCCCUCCCCGAAAAAAGGACUGCCCUGAAAACUUUGGACAGAAAUAUUAACUGCCCUUGUGUGUGCGCGCGAGUGUGCCAUCCAUCACGGCUGCACAGCGGUGUGAAGUGAUGAACGACAGGCUGCAGACAUGUGACAGGGCCAUAGACCCAAAAGAGAAUGAUUGGGGGAAACUCACAAUGUAUUCUUCAGCUUCUCUCUCUCCACCCUCUCUGCUUAAGCUUUAUACUCUCAACACCACCUUGCCAGUGAGGCAUCCUUGCAAAGAAUUAAGAAAAUAAUGUGGAUUAUAGUACUGUACAUUCAACUACAACAACAAAAAAAAGAGGAGAAAAAAAAAUACCAAACAUGAAUUUCAUUUCCAUCGCAGCUUUAGUUCUGCAGCAGAGCAAGUUUUAUUUUUUUGUCAAGUUUUUAGAUAUGGUAAAGCUUUUCUUUUUUGCACAUUGAUGUGAAUAUGCUGUCAAUAGAAUUCUAUGUUAAAUGUUGUGUUUCAAACAAUAUUGUAAAUUA